GUUGUGCAGAGCUGCGUACCAGCCCGGUUUCCUGUGAGAAACUGAGAAUGACAAUCGGACGUUAUUUUUCCCCUUAGGUUUUAUGGAGAAAAAUAAUCGCUUUUUCGAAGGAUGUGGAAAAGAGGGUCCCAUCCGUUGUAUUUUUUACUGUGAAUUUCACCCAACAGCAGGGCCGAAAAUAACAUGCCAGGUCCCAGAAGAUUUUAUAUCAAAGGACACAUUUGAAGCUGUUAGUGUUUAUCUCAUUCCAAAAACUCAACUAUUGCGUAGUACUUUGACAAUUACUACUUCUGGUAUUAAAAUACUAGGCUUCCCUGUACGCAUUGAUAAUAAAAAGUAUCCGCGAAAUGCCUUUUAUUUUAAUAUAUGCUUCGUCUGUGAUUCAUGGGCGAGAACGGUGCAGUAUGAGUCUGUGGUGAAAAAACUUUCGGAUUUUCUCACAGCACUGGAAGUUGAAAGCAGUUUCUUGUACCAAAGGGAUGGCGAGACAGGUUCAAACACUUCGAAGCUCGUUUUGAUGCUAGAACAGGUGAUGCGUGAUCUCAAUUCAUAUGGAAUGUGCACAGUUACAGAAGGAAAUUCUACAACAAAUUUAAAAGUCAUAAAAAUAAGACCUGAUCCUCCUCCUGUAUUAGAUCACCAGGUGCCUGUUUUUAUAGAAAGCUUAGAAGCUUUUCAGUGUGAACAAUGGGACUUGACCACUCAGCAGGUGCUUCCAUUAAUUGAUGGUAUAAAUCACGUUUCUAAAAUAGCUGCUCAAGCUGAUGUUGAAAACAAUUUGGUGAAGACUUGUCUUCAGAAUUUAGUUUAUUAUUUAGUUGUAAGUCUUGUUCCGAUAUUUCAAUAUUCAAACUCGUAUGCGGUCACCCCAAAGUUGAGAAGGCUUGUAGUUGACAAAAAACUUCAAGAAGAUUGCCUAAGAACAGUGGCUCGAACAGGUUGGCAGUUGCCACAUUUUCGUGACGUUUUUAAACUGUAUUGCAGUAUGACUCAUGGUACGACUGUAAAAGACCUCUGCAUCAGGUACAAUCCUUCAUCAUUGCGAAUCGAUGAAAGGAAACUGGUUCAGUUCGGCCUUGUCGAGGGUCUUAUAAGAAGAAUACAUAAAUAUCCAAUUGUUGUAAUGGAAGGCGCUAAUGGAGAAGCAAGCUCUCUUUAUCAGCAUUUCACAGGCCUUUUAUCUUUAGAUGAAAUCUGUUGCAACCUUGGCAUGUCUACGUUUCAAUUGGAAACACUUAUAGAAAAAGACCCUAAUGUUAUUGUGAUAUGUAAAUAAAUAAAUAUAUUGUUAAUUUAUUAUUUUUUAUGUUUAAAUAUGUAAUCGUU